AUGAGACUGCAUGAGGAGCCGAUUUGGGAAAAUAGAGUGUUGAAAGUGGCUAACAACGAUAUGGACAUGGACAGAAAUGCGCAAUUGGCACCAAGUUUGAAUAUGAACAUGAAUAUGAACAGAAACAGGAAUGAACCUGGCUUGAUUUCUAGUAUGUUUGGUGGAAUGAUAGUUGAAAGUAAUAGUGAUGUAAAUUUUAGGCCCAUCUUGGAGAAAAUUUUCCGCGAAUUGACCAGCGAUCAUGAGGAGGAGCGAAAAUUGGCUGGUAUUUCAUUGUUAGAUCUACUCGUGUCCUUGGAGCACGAGUUGUCGAUAGAAGAGUUCCAAGCGGUCUCAAACGAGGUAAACAACAUGAUUUUAGAGCUGGUUCAUACAAAGAAGACGAAUACCAGAGUCGGGGCCGUUUUAUCUAUAGACACCUUGAUUUCAUUCUAUACGUUUACUGAGGAACUGCCCAAUGAAACUUCACGUUUGGCUGGUUAUCUUCGAGGACUGAUCCCUUCUAAUGACGUGGAGGUCAUGAGAUUAGCAGCCAAAACGUUGGGUAAGCUAGCCGUUCCAGGGGGCACAUAUACUUCUGAUUUCGUGGAGUUCGAGGUAAAAUCUUGUUUAGAAUGGCUUACUGCCUCCACGGAAAAGAACUCAUUUUCCAGUUCUAAACCAGACCAUGCCAAGCAUGCAGCACUUUUGAUUAUAACAGCAUUAGCUGAAAACUGCCCAUAUUUGCUCUACCAAUACUUGAAUUCCAUACUGGAUAACAUUUGGAGAGCUCUAAGAGACCCUCACCUGAUGAUCAGAAUUGACGCUUCCAUCACUUUGGCCAAAUGUCUUUCUACUUUACGAAAUAGAGACCCCCAAUUGUCUAGUCAGUGGGUGCAACGACUAGCUACAAGUUGUGAAUAUGGCUUUCAAGUGAAUACUCUAGAAUGCGUCCAUGCAAGCUUAUUGGUUUAUAAAGAAAUUUUAUUUUUGAAGGAUCCCUUUCUAAAUCAAGUGUUCGACCAAAUGUGUCUGAAUUGCAUAGCUUAUGAGAACCAUAAGGCGAAAAUAAUCAGAGAAAAAAUUUACCAGGUUGUUCCCUUAUUAGCAUCGUUCAACCCUCAAUUAUUUGCAGGCAAAUAUUUGCAUCAAAUCAUGGAAAAUUACUUGGAAAUUUUAAACAAUGCCCCAGCCAAGAAAAUACCACACCUUAAUGACGACAAACCACAGAUAUUGAUAUCGAUUGGUGAUAUUGCAUAUGAAGUUGGGCCGGAUAUUGCACCCUAUGUGAAACAAAUUCUUGACUAUAUCGAACAUGACUUACAGACAAAAUUUAGGGUUAGGAAGAAAUUUGAAGGUGAGAUUUUUUACUGCAUUGGAGGAUUAGCAAUGCCAUUGGGUCCAGUCUUGGGCAAAUUAUUAAACAAGAAUAUACUUAAUCUCAUGUUUAAAUGCCCUCUUUCUGAUUAUAUGCAGGAAACUUUUCAAAUAUUGACCGAAAGAAUACCAUCGCUGGGUCCAAAAAUAAAUGACGAGUUACUUAACCUGGUUUGUUCAACAUUAUCAGGCACAUCAUUUAUCCAACCAGGAUCUCCAAUGGAGAUACCGCCAUUUUCAAAAGCAAGAGCAAGGGAGUGGAGAAAUAAAAGCAUUCUACAAAAGACGGGAGAGAGUAAUGACGAUAAUAAUGAUAUAAAAAUCAUUAUCCAAGCCUUUAGAAUGCUUAGAAAUAUUAAGAACAAGUUUUCGUUGGUGGAAUUUGUCAAAAUUGUUGCGCUUUCGUACAUUGAACAUACGGAUCCUAAGGUGAGGAAACUGGCUGCAUUAACAUCUUGUGAAAUUUACGUCAAGGACAAUAUUUGCAAACAAACAUCGUUACAUUCGCUGAAUACUGUAUCUGAAGUUUUGUCUAAACUUCUAGCAAUUACGAUUGCAGAUCCUAGACAAGAUAUUAGGUUAGACGUCUUAAAGAACCUGGAUCCGUGCUUCGAUCCGCAAUUAGCCCAACCAGAAAAUUUAAGGCUUUUAUUUACUGCAUUGCAUGAUGAGUCAUUUAAUAUCCAAUCGGUAGCAAUGGAGCUUGUUGGGAGAUUAUCUUCCGUAAACCCUGCCUAUGUUAUUCCGUCGAUUCGAAAGAUAUUGCUGGAACUGUUGACAAAAUUGAAGUUUUCUUCCUCUUCUAGGGAAAAGGAAGAAACUGCAAGUUUACUAUGCACUCUUAUCAGGUCAAGUAAAGAUGUUACAAAACCAUAUAUUGAACCUCUUUUGAACGUUCUUUUACCAAAAUUUCAGGAUAACUCCUCGACAGUUGCAUCAACUGCGUUGAGAACUAUAGGUGAACUGUCCGUUGUAGGGGGCGAGGACAUGAAAGUUUAUCUUAAAGAUUUGUUUCCAUUAAUCAUUAAAACGUUUCAAGACCAAUCAAACUCUUUCAAAAGAGAAGCUGCGCUCAAGGCUUUGGGCCAACUUGCAGCUUCCUCCGGCUAUGUCAUAGAUCCCUUACUUGAUUAUCCCGAGUUAUUGGGUGUCUUAGUGAAUAUUUUAAAGACUGAAAACUCUCAAAAUAUUAGAAGACAAACAGUAACUUUGAUAGGUAUAUUAGGUGCUAUUGAUCCGUAUCGCCAAAAGGAACGUGAAGUAACUUCUACAACUAAUAUAUCGACAGAACAGAAUGCCCCACCCAUCGACAUUGCUCUUCUUAUGCAAGGCAUGUCUCCGUCGAAUGAUGAAUAUUACACCACUGUUGUCAUCCACUGUUUGCUAAAAAUUUUGAAAGACCCCUCACUAUCGUCGUACCAUACAGCCGUAAUCCAAGCAAUUAUGCACAUUUUUCAAACGCUUGGUCUAAAAUGUGUCUCAUUCUUGGACCAAAUCAUCCCAACUAUCUUGGAUGUUAUGCGCACAUGCUCUCCAUCGUUAUUAGAGUUCUACUUUCAACAGCUUUGCUCUUUAAUUGUCAUCGUUAAGCAGCAUAUUAGGCCGCAUGUAGAUUCUAUAUUUCAGGCAAUCAGAGAUUUUUCGUCCGUCGCUAAGUUACAAAUAACGAUCGUAAGUGUUAUUGAAGCGAUAUCAAAGGCUUUAGAGGGCGAGUUCAAAAGAUUGGUUUCUCUUACUCUGACACUUUUCCUAGUCAUCCUGGAGAAUGAUAAAUCUACUGAUAAGAUUCUCUCUAGAAGGAUAUUGAGGCUAUUAGAGGCAUUUGGUCCUAAUUUAGAAGGUUAUUCGCAUUUAAUUGUCCCGAAGAUAGUUCAAAUGACUGAGGUCGCCAGUGGGAACCUACAAAGGUCUGCAAUUAUAACUAUUGGAAAGCUAGCGAAAGAUGUCGACCUCUUUGAAAUGUCUUCAAGGAUUGUUCAUUCUCUCCUUAGGGUACUGAGUGCAACAACGAACGAUGAACUCUCAAAAAUCAUCAUGAAUACUCUGAGUUUAUUGUUACUACAAAUGGGUACAUCUUUUACCAUUUUCAUUCCCGUUAUCAAUGAAGUUCUAAUGAAGAAACGUAUCCAACACACGAUAUACGAUGAUUUAACCAACAGAUUACUAAAUAAUGACGUUCUUCCUACAAAAAUAUGGGAGGUGAAUACAACGGAUUAUCCACAUGCAGAAUUAGUGGAUGCAACAGAUGCAGGCGUUGCAAAAUUGCCCAUAAACCAAUCAGUUUUGAAGAGCGCUUGGAACUCCAGCCAGCAAAGAACUAAAGAGGACUGGCAAGAAUGGAGCAAACGACUAUCCAUUCAACUAUUAAAAGAAUCACCUUCCCAUGCUCUGAGAGCUUGUUCAAACCUUGCAAGCAUGUACUACCCACUCGCUAAGGAACUUUUCAAUACUGCCUUCGCAUGUGUUUGGACAGAGCUUUAUAGUCAAUAUCAAGAAGAUUUGAUUGAGUCAUUAUGUAUAGCAUUAUCUUCUCCCCAAAAUCCACCUGAAAUACAUCAAACAUUAUUAAACCUAGUAGAAUUCAUGGAGCAUGACGACAAAGCAUUACCUAUCCCAAAUCAAAGCCUGGGUGAGUAUGCCGAGAGGUGUCAUGCCUAUGCUAAAGCAUUGCAUUACAAGGAAAUAAAGUUCAUCAAAGAGCCUGAGAACUCCACUAUUGAAUCACUGAUCAGCAUUAAUAAUCAAUUGAACCAAACGGAUGCUGCUAUCGGUAUUCUAAAGCAUGCUCAACAACAUCACUCACUUCAACUAAAGGAGACAUGGUUCGAAAAAUUAGAGCGCUGGGAAGAUGCAUUACAUGCUUAUAAUGAGCGUGAAAAGGCAGGUGAUAUUUCUGUAAGUGUAACACUCGGUAAGAUGAGAUCCCUUCAUGCCCUUGGCGAAUGGGAACAGUUAUCCCAAUUAGCAGCUAGAAAAUGGAAAAUUUCUAAGUUGCAGACAAAAAAAUUAAUAGCUCCCUUAGCAGCUGGUGCUGCAUGGGGUUUAGGUGAGUGGGAUAUGCUUGAGCAAUACAUAAGUGUGAUGAAACCAAAUUCCCCAGACAAGGAAUUUUUUGAUGCUAUUUUAUAUUUGCACAAAAAUGACUACGAGGAUGCUGGCAAACACAUACUUAAUGCCAGGGACUUACUUGUAACUGAGAUUUCCGCCUUAAUAAACGAAAGUUAUAACAGAGCUUAUAGUGUCAUUGUCAGAACGCAAAUAAUUACGGAGUUUGAAGAAAUCAUCAAAUAUAAGCAACUGCCACCUAAUUCCGAAAAGAAGCCUCACUAUCAAAAUCUUUGGACGAAAAGAUUGCUAGGUUGCCAAAAAAAUGUUGAUUUGUGGCAAAGAGUGCUCAGAGUGAGAUCAUUGGUCAUCAAACCGAAACAAGAUAUACAAAUAUGGAUUAAGUUUGCAAACUUGUGUAGAAAAUCUGGUAGAAUGAGACUGGCCAAAAAGGCACUAAAUAUGCUGCUUGAAGCAGGUAGCGAUCCCACUUUACCGAAUACGGCAAAGGCUCCUCCACCGGUCGUUUACGCACAACUAAAAUACAUUUGGGCCACAGGAGCUCAUAAAGAAGCGUUGAACCACUUGAUAGGAUUUACAUCCAGAUUAGCGCAUGAUCUUGGUUUAGAUCCAAAUAAUAUGAUCGCUCAAAGUGUAAAACUAUCAAGUGCAAGCACAGCUCCAUAUGUUGAAGAAUACACAAAACUAUUGGCUCGAUGUUUUUUAAAGCAGGGUGAAUGGAGAAUAGCAACUCAGCCGAACUGGAGAAACACAAAUCCGGAUGCAAUUCUUGGUUCUUAUCUGUUGGCGACACAUUUCGAUAAAAAUUGGUAUAAGGCGUGGCAUAAUUGGGCAUUAGCUAAUUUUGAGGUAAUAUCUAUGGUUCAGGAAGAGACUAAAUUAAACGGAGGUAAAAAUGAUGAAGACGAUGACACGGCGGUUAACAAUGAUCAUGUCCGAGCUGAAAGUAGCAUUUUAGGGAGCGGCUCCUUGACUAUAAAUGGUAAUAGAUACCCACUGGAGCUGAUUCAAAGACAUGUUGUUCCAGCUAUCAAGGGAUUUUUUCAUUCAAUAUCCCUAUUAGAAUCCAGUUGUUUGCAAGACACAUUAAGAUUGUUAACGCUUCUGUUCAACUUUGGUGGUAUUAAAGAAGUUUCGCAAGCCAUGUAUGAAGGCUUCAAUUUGAUGAAAAUCGAAAACUGGCUCGAAGUCUUGCCGCAGUUAAUUUCCCGUAUUCACCAACCCGAUCCUACAGUGAGCAACUCCCUUUUAUCUUUACUUUCCGAUUUAGGCAAAGCUCAUCCACAGGCACUUGUGUAUCCUCUAACAGUUGCAAUCAAAUCAGAAUCUGUUUCAAGACAAAAAGCAGCUCUUUCAAUAAUAGAGAAAAUAAGAAUUCAUAGUCCAGUCCUGGUGGACCAGGCUGAAUUAGUCAGUCAUGAAUUAAUCAGAGUAGCCGUUUUAUGGCACGAAUUAUGGUACGAGGGCUUGGAAGACGCAAGUCGGCAGUUUUUCGUUGAACAUAACAUAGAGAAGAUGUUCGCUACCUUAGAACCUUUACAUAAGCAUCUGGAAAAUGAACCUCAAACUUUAAGUGAGGUAUCGUUUCAGAAGUCAUUUGGUAGAGAUUUGAACGAUGCCUACGAAUGGCUGAAUAACUACAAAAAAUCAAAAGACAUCAAUAAUUUAAACCAAGCCUGGGAUAUUUAUUAUAACGUCUUUAGAAAAAUUACACGUCAAAUACCACAACUACAGACCUUAGAAUUACAACAUGUUUCACCACAGCUUUUGGCCACUCGUGACUUAGAAUUAGCAGUUCCUGGCACGUAUGCUCCGGGAAAAUCUACCGUUAGAAUUGCAAAAUUUGAACCCCUGUUCUCUGUCAUCUCUUCAAAGCAAAGGCCAAGAAAAUUUUCCGUCAAAGGCAGUGAUGGUAAGGAUUAUAAAUAUGUCCUAAAAGGACACGAAGACAUAAGACAAGAUAGCCUUGUAAUGCAAUUAUUUGGCCUAGUUAAUACUUUAUUAAAGAAUGAUUCCGAGUGUUUCAAGAGACAUUUAGAUAUACAGCAAUACCCUGCUAUUCCAUUAUCACCUAAAUCUGGCCUGUUGGGAUGGGUUCCGAACAGUGACACAUUUCACGUUUUGAUCAGGGAACAUCGUGAUGCUAAAAAGAUUCCGUUAAAUAUUGAGCAUUGGGUUAUGUUACAAAUGGCCCCUGAUUAUGAAAAUCUAACACUUCUGCAGAAAAUCGAAGUAUUCACGUAUGCUUUAGAUAAUACAAAGGGUCAGGACCUGUACAAAAUUUUAUGGUUGAAGAGUAGAUCGUCAGAAACAUGGUUAGAACGUAGAACAACUUAUACGAGAUCUUUAGCUGUGAUGUCCAUGACUGGCUAUAUUUUGGGAUUAGGCGAUCGUCAUCCUAGCAAUUUGAUGUUGGACAGAAUUACUGGGAAAGUUAUUCAUAUUGAUUUUGGUGAUUGUUUUGAAGCUGCCAUCUUAAGAGAGAAAUAUCCCGAGAAGGUCCCAUUCAGAUUAACCAGAAUGCUAACAUAUGCAAUGGAAGUUAGUGGAAUUGAAGGUAGUUUUCGUAUCACCUGUGAACAUGUCAUGAGAGUUUUGAGAGAUAACAAGGAAUCAUUGAUGGCAAUUUUAGAAGCUUUUGCACUUGAUCCUCUAAUUCACUGGGGCUUUGACCUGCCUCCUCAAAAACUCACUGAGCAAACCGGAAUUCCAUUGCCGUUGAUAAAUCCUAGCGAGCUACUGAGAAAGGGGGCAAUUACUGUUGAGGAAGCAGCAAACAUGGAAACAGAACAACAAAAUGAGACUAGAAAUGCCAGGGCAAUGCUUGUCUUAAGACGUAUUACGGACAAGCUAACAGGCAAUGAUAUCAAGUGGUUUAGUGAAUUAGAUGUUCCCGAGCAGGUCGAUAAACUAAUCCAACAGGCAACUUCGAUCGAAAGGCUCUGCCAACAUUACAUCGGAUGGUGUCCAUUUUGGUGA